AUGACUUCAAAUAUAACGGAGUGUAUAAAAGAAAAACUCAAGCUUGAACGUGAGUUGCCAAUAAUAGAAUUUUUGGAACAAGCUAGAAAAUUGUUUGAAAAGUACAAUUGCAAAAAUAGAGAAAGAGCAUCGUAUACAAACACAUCAUUGGGUAGUAGAUUCGAAGGCAUUCUUCAGCUAAAUACUUUAAAAUCUUCGCGGUUGAAGGUUAGUGCGUCAUCAAUAUAUGUAUAUUCUGUUUACGAUGACGGUAGAAGGUACAUAGUAUGUCUUGACAGGAGGACUUGCAGUUGUGGAGGAUCCCAAUUGGAUGAGAUAACAUGUCAACAAGCGAUAGUAGUUCUAAAAAUCAAGCAUGUAACAUAUAUGAAGCUUUAUUGCUCCGAGUAUUACUAUCCAGAAAUAUUAAGGAAGCUGUAUGAAGUAUCAAUGUUUCCAAUACCAGAUAAGAAGGAUUGGAUUGUGCCACAAGAAGUAGUGGACGAAGUUGUGUUACCACCAAAAUACAAACGUCCAGCUGGAAGGCUGAAGAAAUCAAGGCACAAGAAAUCAAGUAAAACUGUGACAUCGAGCAGUAACUGUUGUGGAAGAUGUAGUUAUGAAGGUCACAACAGACAUACUUGUAAUUUCUUUUCAAAGAAGGAGUGA